CCCCAAUACCAAUCAAGCAAGAAUCCACUAACGAAUACCAAUCGCAAAACUUUGAAGUCGAGAUAAGAAAGAAGAAGACAUGCUACAUACAUACAUGCAUAUUAUAUCUAUCUGUCUGACAAUCCCACCCCACACUGCAUGUAUGCAUAUAUGCAUGCAAUACCACGGACAUCCGUCCGCCAUCCAUCCAUCCAUCUGAGUAAGAACCGCGUAAAUUUGGAUAUCAGUAUGGGUGGGGAGGGGGAGAGAGACUGGGGUAAGCUGACUGUGUUUUGUGUUCUCGACUUGACCGUAUUCCUCUUAAUCGGAUUGGAGUGGAUUGGAGUGGAAUGGAAUUGGAAUUGGAAUUUCACAUGUCCCUCUCCUACCCAUCUUUCGGAAAACGUAAACGAUGGCAAGGAUACAACAGUACCUAGCUGGCUAGCCUACAUUCCCCUUCCGAGUAAGUAAUUGCUGCAAGACUAAGGCAGCAAGAAAGAGUUGGUAUCAAGGUCUAUCCUUGUGGGCAGA